AUGUCUCCACAGACAGACCUGAUAGUGCUGAAGGAGGUGCAUGGAGCGAUGUCUGUUGACGCGCUGGCCUCCUCUCACCCUCUCUCUGCUAAAGAGGAAGACAUCAUGAGGCCUGCACAGAUCAGUGAACUGUUUGACACCAUCACCUACAGCAAGGGAGCAGCAGUUCUGAGGAUGCUGUCUGAGUUCUUGACAGAGCCGGUCUUCUCCCGAGGACUUAGUACGUAUCUGAAUACAUUCAAGUACAGCAACACAGUCUACCAGGACCUCUGGAAGCACCUGCAGAUGGUAAUACAUGAUCACUGGUUAGACCUCCCAGCCUCUGUAGAUGACAUCAUGAACCGUUGGAUCCUCCAGAUGGGCUUCCCAUUGGUUACCAUAGAUACGGCCACAGGAAGCAUCAACCAGAGACACUUCCUGCUGGACCCUGACUCUGUAGUGGACAGACCCUCUCCAUUCGAGUAUGAAUGGAUUGUUCCUAUAAAGUGGAUAAAGAACGGGAAAGAUCAGACUCCAUACUGGUUACAGACUAAAACAGCCACCCAUCUACCAAUGAAAACAUUGGGAUCUGAUUGGGUGUUGGCCAAUACCAAGGUGUCUGGAUUCUUCAGGGUCAACUAUGACAGUGGUAACUGGGAACGCCUCCUCAAGCAGCUCAGCACAGACCAUGAGGCUAUUCCAGUGAUCAACAGAGCCCAGAUUGUGGAUGAUGCUUUUAACCUGGCCAGGGCGAGGACAGUCAGCACCAUACUGGCUCUGAGAACCACCCUGUUCCUUCAGAGGGAGAGAGAGUACAUGCCCUGGCAAACGGCUAACAGCAACCUGGGCUACUUCUUCCUCAUGUUCGACCGCAGCGACGUCUACGGACCCAUGCAGGCUUACCUCAAUAAACAAGUCACGCCUCUUUUCAACCACUUCAAGACUAUCACUGCUGACUGGACCAAGAUUCCUGAGAAACACACUGACCAGUACAACCAGGUGAAUGCCAUCUCUAUAGCCUGCAGUACAGGAGUAGCAGGCUGUGAGGAGCUGACUACAGGCUGGUUCAAAGACUGGAUGAAUACACCUGAGAACAACAGGAUUCACCCCAACCUGAGGAAGACAGUGUACUGCAGGGCCAUCGCAGCAGGAGGGGUGGAGGAGUGGGACUUCGCCUGGAGGAUGUACAAAGAGGCUUCCAUUGCCUCUGAGGCUGACAAGCUGAUGUAUGCCCUGGCUUGCACCAGGGUCCCCUGGUUACUGAACAGGUAUCUGAACUACUGCCUGGAUCCAGAGAAGAUUCGUAAACAGGAUGCCACAUUCACCAUUGUGUACAUUGCUGGUAAUGUUGUGGGCCAGUCUCUGGCUUGGGACUUUGUCAGAACCAACUGGGACCACUUAUUUAAUGAUUACGGAGGGGGAUCGUUGUCCUUCGCACGGCUCAUUGAAGGCAUCACCAGGCGCUUCUCCUCAGAGUUUGAACUGAAACAGUUGCAGCAGUUCAUUGAGGAGAAUGCAGAGCAGGGUUUUGGUUCAGCCACACUAGCAGUGGACCAGGCCCUGGAGAGAACCAAAGCCAACAUCAAGUGGGUCGCAGAGAACAAGGGAGACGUCCUCACAUGGUUCACUGUUAAUUCAGCAUAAACUUAUUUGUGGACUGUUUGGAGUUUAAAUUCAUAUGUGGAGAA